GCCCAGUAAAAGUCGGGUCCAGAAACACAAAGGAGAAACCCUAAUAGUCGCUUCCCUUUGUAUUUAAUCGAACUCUGUUUCUUCAACCUCUGCAGCUGCCUCAGUCUCUCUUGCUAUCCUCGGCGUCGGUCCUCGUCUACGCUUUCGCCGUCAUUUUCUGAGCAGCAAAUUCUGCAAAAUGGGCCGUGUUCGCACCAAGACAGUGAAGAAGUCUUCACGCCAGGUGAUUGAGAGAUACUACUCUCGAAUGACCUUGGACUUCCACACAAACAAGAAGGUCUUGGAAGAAGUUGCCAUCAUCCCCUCAAAGCGGCUCCGAAACAAGAUUGCUGGGUUCUCUACUCACCUGAUGAAGAGAAUUCAAAAAGGUCCAGUUAGGGGUAUAUCUCUGAAACUUCAAGAAGAGGAGCGUGAGCGGCGCAUGGACUUCGUGCCAGAUGAGUCAGCAAUUAAGGUCGAUGAAAUCAAGGUUGAUAAGGAGACCCUUGACAUGCUUUCUGCUCUUGGUAUGUCUGAUAUUCCUGGGCUUACUGAAGUUGAGCUCCAGACUAUAAUUCCUACUCAAGGUUUCGGCCGGGGAGGUGGUGCAGGUGGAAGGAGGUACUAAGGUUAUUGAGGCUUUGUGUGGUUUUUUAAGGAUCAGAGUUAAUAUUCGAUAUUGAAAUGUUAUUGAAGUUCUUAGUAGUUCCUUUCGACAUUUGGUACUUGUAAUGUGGCAAGUGGAUAUUCUACUUUUGGUUUAAUUGGAUGUUAAGUUGAUGCUGAAUUUUGAAAAAUGAUAUUUUAGUUUAUUUAA